GUUGAACGAUGGUUGAAUUCAGGGACGAAUGAUGAUGAAUUUUCGUUAAAAUUUUAAUCCAUCAUUUCACGGGGAUUUUUACUAGCUUUAUUUAUUCUCACAAAAAAUGGAGAGAGAUUUGAUUCGCAUACAUUUGAGAAUCCUCUUAGUUCAUAAAUUCAGCUCCAUCGUUUCAGUCUGAAAAGGUCUCACAAGAAAUUCGAAUUAUUUUUUUUAAUUAUCCAGAAUUCUUUUGACUGUCAUUUAUACCUUCAAAGUUAUGAAACAUAUUAGAAAUUUGAUGUUAGAAGUUUGAAACAGUGAGAAUACUGAUAUUUUAUAUUUCUUUUUCGUGAUUUGGAAGAAGUUGAAAAAUUCGAUAUCAAAAAAUAUUCUGAAGCAGAGAAAAGGAAACAACCUUUUAAAAGCAGUCGUGAUUUAUAAGAAUAAAUCCAGGAGAAACUUUUAGAAAAUAAACCAAGUGUAGUGAAAUCAUAAGAAAAGAAAGAAAAAAAUUGUUAAAAGAAGAAGCCGUUCAGUUAUUGUAUUUAAAAAAGUUCUGAUAUCGUGAAAUCCGCCAAAAUGAAUGUAUAUACAGACAUGUCUAACAUUGAAAACAGCCGGAACUGUUUGCGUCGUAUCAUCCAUGACGACCAGGAAUUUUCCAACCAAAGCAUAAUAAAUGUCAUCGAGAGGUUUGUUAAGACGGUGAAUUUAAUGGAAGAAACAAUUCUGGUUCCAUCACGGCUCAUGGAUCGUCAGGUUGGUGACCCAAAUGAUUCGAUUCAGUCAUCAAAAAUGACAUCCCAACAUCAUCACCAUCACCACAACAAGAAGAAGUUAUCGGGUGUGCGCGAUCAUCUUGUGAAUACUGAUUUAUUUAAUCUUUACAACAUCACAAGCACAAUUAGUGACAGUGAAAGCGACGUCUCUUCGACAAACGAAAAUGAUUCAGGCAUCGAAUCCGAAGGACAACAGGAAAAAGAUAAAAGUCUCGAGGUUGCUAAACAGUUCCGUACACAUCUCCUGGGCUUGUACAAAAGUCUCGAACAAAUGACAGAAGCUGCCAAUUAUCUCACAGCACGCUAUCAAAAAGAUAUUGUAGGAGGAAAUUGUUAA